AACUUAUUCCUGCACAUACCUGACCUUAAUAUCAAGAUCAAACCUUACAAUUGCUAUCUACUUAGUUCUCACUUUUUCCUACCUGACGAAUCACAAAUUACAAAAGGCUGUACGACUGACGAACGCGACGACAAAUCAGCUACUUCUACUACACUAAGACAACUAUCCAAUCAAGAUCGGCGCAUUUUUCUCUAAUCCUUUUACGUCUAACCAACCUAUCCCAUCGAAUACAUCAACUAUGGCCUCUCCUAUCGCAAGUAAAGUCUCCAAGCUCAAUCUCAGCCCCGACUCCAAGCGAGGCACUCCACCCAAGAUCCGCCAGCAGACCCCCCAGAAGAAGACCCCUCCCAAGCUUCAGGCCCAGGAAUCUGCCUCCCAGGCUGAAGAGCCAAGCGCCCCCUCUACCCCCACCCCCAAGGGUAAGGUCAGGCAGCUGCAGUCGGAGCAGCGCGCUUCCCCUGCUCCGGUCCCAGAUGAUGCCCAGUCCCAGGCAUCCGGAUCGGCAAGCCAGAUCGAAAGACCCGCCUCUGAGCUUGGAGACAAAGCCCAGGACACUGCGCAGAGUGUGCAAAAUGGCGUCGAAGACCAAGGUGUCGGCCAGAUUGACUUGUCUGUUCUGAAGGGUCUGCAGGUCGGCGAGGAUGGUCUAAUCCAUGACCAAGAUGGCAAUGCCAUUGGCCGACUUGCAGAAGGCCAGGCCGAAUAUCUGACCGGAUAUACUGUUGGUGAUAACGGAGAGAUCCUCGACGAGGAUGGGGAUCUCGUCGGAGUUGCCGAUGUCCUUCCCGAGGCCUUCCAGAAUGACGUUGGCAGUGUUCAGGAGCAGGCCGAAGAAACAACCGAUCAGGCAACAAAAACCAUCAACAAUAUUGCCGAGCUGGCGGAUCGCCCUGUCUCAGAGUCUGGGGAAAUCAAGGAUGAUAAUGGCAACGCCAUCGGCAAACUUGUUGAGGGCAACCCCGAGGAUUUGGCUGGUUAUGCUCCUGACAAGGAAGGAAAUAUUCUCGAUGACGAUGGUGACCUUAUUGGUCGGGUAGAGAUCGCAUCCCAAGCUGAAGAAGCAGCUGAAGGAGCAGCUGAAGAAGCAGCUGAAGAAGUUCCCGAAGCGAAACCAAUCACCGAUAUUGCGGCCUUGGCUGAUCGUCCCGUGUCGGCGUCUGGCGCUAUCAAAGACGACCAAGGAAAGCCGAUUGGAAAGCUGGUUGAGGGCAAUGCCGAGGACUUGGCAGGAUACGCCCCCGACAAGGAAGGAAAUAUCUUGGACGAUGACGGUGAUUUAAUUGGCCGUGUCGAUAUUGCGUCCGAAGCCCGCCAAGGUGCUGAGAGCGUCGCCAGCUCCCAGAGACCUGCCAGCAAGCUGAGCCGUGAGGCUGUCGAUGAUGCGGAGCAAAGGGACACUUCAACCGCUGAUCAAGCCAAGGAAGAUGGCGAGGAGGCUGCUGAAGAAGAAGCAGAGGAUGACCUUCCUCCCCUUUCUACGCUUGAGGGUCUCAAGUGCAACAAGAUGGGCAAGAUCGUCGAUCGGGAAACCGGUAAGCCUGUUGGUGAACUGAUCGAGGGCGAUGCGAAGAAGAUCUCUAGACUGGGAGCCCAGCUCGAUGACAAGGGACAGUUCUGGGACAACCGCGGCAACGUUAUUGGAAAGGCCAAAACCCUUCCCGUCGAGGAGCAUCCCGAUGAACCGCCCUUUGGCGGGUUGGAGGGACUCCACGUUGUUGAAGAUGGUUGGGUGGAGGACCAAAAUGGCAAGCGUGUUGGCAAGAUCAGCGAAGGCGAUGCUAAGAAGGUCCUUGGACGUCCCGUCGAUGAAGAUGGUGACGUCUUGGACAAGAACGGCAAUGUCAUCGCCAAGGCUGAAUACUAUGAGGCCGAAGACGAGCCCGAGCCCGAGCCGGAGGAAGCCCCUGACCUCUCCAGUCUAGAAGGUCUCACUCCCAACAAGCUCGGCUACGUGAUUGGACCAAAGGGCGUCCCGAUUGGCCGUGUCGUGGAAGGCAAGGUGAAGGAACUUGCCGGCAAGGAGAUCCAUGACGGCCAGAUCUGGGACGGACCUAAGCCAGUUGGACGUGUUGAGCUUAUUCCCCCGGAAGAGCGGGAGAAAUCAGCCGAAGGCCCGUUCGCCGGAUUGGAAAACCUUGUUGUAAACAAGGAAGGCCUCGUCGAAGAUGACGAUGGCAAUGUCGUCGGCAAGGUCAUUGAGGGCGACAUCAAGACCUUGCGUGGACGUGCCGUUGAUGAGGAUGGAGAGAUCAUCGACAAGUACGGCAACGUCAAGGGCCGUGCAGAGCCGUAUGAAGUAGAAGAGCCGGAGGAGGAGGCACCAGACCUGUCGAUCUUGGAAGGAAAGACUGUCAACAAGGCUGGCAACGUUGUGGAUGCCCAGGGUAACGUCUUCGGACGGAUUACCUCUGGUGACAAGCGCCUUGCUGGACGGAAGGUUGAUGGCAAGGGUCAGAUCUGGGGUGAUAACGGCAAAGUAAUUGGCACAGCUGAGCUCAUCCCAGGAGCCGAAGAGCAGAAGCCCGAAGGCGUCUUCUACGGAUUCGAGAAUCCCGUGGUCGGAAAGGACGGCGUUAUCACUGAUGCCUCGGGUCAGAUCAUUGGCCGCAUUGUUGAAGGCGAUGCGCAGCGUCUCCAGGGCCGCCAGGUUGACGAGGAUGGCGACAUCUUGGACAAGAACGGAAACACUAUCGGCCGAGCUGAGCGCUGGCAGCCCGAGGAGAAGCCGCGUGAUGUUAACCCGAUGUCGGGCCGUAAGGUCAACCGUGAGGGUGAGGUGCGCGAUGCUGAUGGUAAUCUCAUUGGCAAGCUGACCUCUGGCAACCUGCCAUCUCUCAUCGGCAAGGAGAUUGACGAUAACGGAUACGUGGUGGACAAUGAUGGUAACAAGAUCGGAGAAUGCACUUUGAUUGAGAACAUUCCCGAACCCGAGCCCGAGGAGCCUGAGGAAGAACCCCAGGAGCCGGAGCUCUCCCCCGAGGAGCAGGAAGCUCAGCGGAAGAUAGAGGAAGACAAGCAGUUGGCCAAGAAGAUGAGCGGUAUUGUUGCUCAGACACUGGACCGCAUUCGUCCCGUCUGCAAGAUGAUUUCCGAGCACAUCGAGAAGGCAGACCGCACACCCAAGGACGAACUUGACGAGGAGCAGCUGGUGAAGGAUGUGAAGCCGCUCCUUGAAGAGGGAAACCAAAUUCUGCAGGAGUGCAAUGGUGCCAUCCGUGCUCUCGACCCGGACGGCCAUGUUGCCGCCACGGCCAAGGCCCGUGCUGCUUCUCACGAAGCUUCUUCAGAGGAGUACGCCUUGGCUGAGCAGCUCAAGGAGCUCACCGAUCUGGUUGUCAAGACCAUUGACAACGGCAAGAAGCGGAUUGCAGGCAUGCCUCAUGCCAAGAAGAAGCUCAACCCUCUGUGGGCACUGCUGAGCGAGCCCCUCGGUCAGAUUAUCACUGCCGUUGGCUUGCUAUUGAAUGGUGUCCUCGGACUGGUCGGCCGGUUGUUGCAAGGUCUUGGUCUGGGCCCCCUUGUGAAUGGAUUGCUGGGCGGACUGGGACUGGAUAAGUUGCUUGGCAGUCUGGGAUUAACUUCCUUGACGGAUUCCCUGGGCUUGACUGGAAAGAAGAAAUAAUUGAAUAGGCGAUGGGAAGUGUGCUUGUGAUAUUACUUUCUUGAUUCAAUAUUUGCCAUUGAUGUCAGAUUGACGAUAAUGAUCUUCACUAUGUCGAUAGCUAGUUAAUUAAUCAGAGCUUCAC